CUAUUUAAGGUUUGGUUACUCAUCAACUCCUCGUGUAGGAAUCUCCUCUAACGCCAUCUCUCUCUCUCACACGCCAUGUGAAGAACCUCGACAUGAACUCUUUCUCCCUCUGUGAAGAACUUCGACACGAACUCUUUCUCUCUAGGUGAAGAACUUCAUUAAGCUCUCUCUCUCUCAAAGAAGGAAGUUUAUUGUCUUUUGUCCCUGUACCCUAUCAUAUUUUUGUACAUUAAGAGUCUCAACAGGCUUUAUUUUCUCUCUCUUGAAGCGAAGAUGCUUUGUUAAUUUCUAUUUCCUCUCUCUAGAGCUCUCUCUCUCUAACAUGGAGCCCUCCAAUCCCAGCACACCACUCACCAGUUUCUUCUCCACCAAAACCUCUUCUUCUUCCUGUUCUAAUGGCGUUUCCAUCUUCCCCUCGUCAAAUGAGACAAUCAACGGCCACUAUCACUCCUCGAGCCUUAUGGGAGGUCUCCCUCCUUCCCCAAACCAUCUCUCUCCUCGCCAAAUGGAAUCUCUCACCGCUCUCUGCGACACCCUCAUCCCUUCCAUCGACGUCGAUUUUCAUGGCCAACAACCGCGAAACGCCGGAGACGACGCGAUUCGCUCCUUUGCCACCUCUGCUUUCAUGAGCGAUUUUCAUGGCCAACAACAGCAAAACGCCGGAGACGACGCGAUCCGCUCCUUCUUUGCCACCUCUGCUUCCAUGAGCGGGACUCCUGACCAUGUUGCAGGAUUGGUGUCAGGAAAAGUGAAGCAUGCAUUAUCAGGUGUACUUAGGUUAUGCCUAUGGUUGUUGUCAACCUGGUAUGGUACCUUCAUAAUUUGUGGAACGCUAAGUUUGAGUAGCCAUUUCCCCUAUUUCCAGAGCUUCCCACAAAUCAUACAGCCCAAAAGGGAAGAGAUAAUGCUUUCAUGGUCCACCAGCUCAAUAUAUCUCCUCAGAGCACUUUUCCAGUGCAUUAAGUUCUUCGUCCACUUGAUCUUCUACUCAAAGGUCGACGAAAAUAACCACAAUUCAACUUGGCAAGCUAUAGGGUACUGUGGGCCAGAUCCACAAAAGGAAAGCGGCUGCCCUCACGGUCAACAAGAAUCCAAAGGUCCUCUUCAGCAUGGUGUCAUCGACCUGGACUCCAUGGACCACCAUACUUUUGCGCACGUCCUAAGAGCUUCGGGAUUCACGGUAUCACAACCCAAAGAGAAAUUCAGCAAUUUUACAAUAAAAUGCGACGCGGUUGUGGUGGGUUCAGGCUCCGGAGGCGGUGUGGCCGCCGGCGUACUGGCGGUCGCCGGCCACAAAGUGGUUGUGCUCGAGAAAGGCCACUACUUCGCAAGAUCCCAGCUCUCCCUCCUCGAGGGCCCGACCAUGGACCAAAUGUACGACCGCCACGGACUGAUCGCCACAGACGACCUUAGUGCCAUAAUCCUUGCAGGUUCUACAGUUGGCGGGGGCUCGGCAAUUAACUGGUCAGCAGCGAUUAGAACCCCAGAUCAUGUCCUAAAUGAAUGGAACCAAGUUCAUGGCCUCGAGCUCUUCGAGAGCAAGGCCUACCAUCAAGCUAUGGAUGUGGUGGCUCGAGACAUGGGGGUGCAGACACAGGUAUCCGACGAGGGUCUUGCUUGUUCUGCACUAAGAAAGGGGUGCCAGGAGCUGGGAUUUCCAGUGGUAAAUGUUCCGAGGAACUCUCCGGACGACCAUUAUUGUGGUUGGUGUUGCUUUGGAUGCAAGGAUGGGAAGAAGAAGGGGACAGGUGAGACAUGGCUGCUGGAUAUGGUUAACUCUGGCAAUGGUGUUGUGGUGAGUGGGGCCAGGGUUGUUGAGGUGGUGCAAAGGAAGAGGAAGGGGAUGAGAAAUUUAGCAGUUGGGGUAGUUUUUGAGAGGGAAAAUAAGAGGCUUGGGUGCAGAGAAAGGUUUAUGAUAGUAUCCAAGGUUACAGUUGUGGCCUGUGGAGCUCUAGGGACUCCAGUUUUGUUGAAGAAGAGUGGGCUGAGGAGCCAAGAAAUUGGUCGGAAUCUGCAUAUACACCCCACCAAUAUGGCAUGGGGCUAUUUUCCCGAAAAUCGGGAUUUUGAGAAGGAGAAGAGGAGCUAUGAGGGGGGGAUCUUGACGGCCAUGUUACCGGUUCCAGGGAAAUCUAAGGAUUCAGGUUAUGGGGGUUUGAUUCAGAACCCAGCUCUUCAUCCUGGGAUGUUCUCAGUGGUGAUGCCAUGGAUGUCCUCACUAGAUAUGAAAGAGAGGAUGACAAGGUUCUCUCGAACCGUUCAUCUCUUUGCCCUGGUGAGAGACAAAGGGUCGGGUGUGGUCAGCUCUCCCCCUUACCUCAGUUACAAGAUGAGCCACAGCGAUAAGGAAACCAUGAGCAAUUGCAUGGAGAAGAUGCUCCGAAUACUCGCAGCUGCUGGGGCUGAAGAAAUCGGAACCCACGGAAGCAAUGGUGAAAGAAUCAACGUAAAAGUUGCAAGCUCACAUGAAUUUGAGCGAUUUGUGCGAGAAGUUAGCAGAAAGCCUUUACAACGAUUCUCCAAUGGAUACUGGAGACCUAUUUGUUCAGCGCACCAGAUGGGUACUUGCAGGAUGGGGGCCCACCCGAACGACUCGGUGGUCGAUCAGAAGGGUGAGUGCUGGGAAGUUGAGGGACUGUACAUUGCAGAUUCGAGCGUGUUCCCGACUGCCUUAGGAGUGAACCCCAUGCUCACAGUGCAAGCCAUUGCUUAUUGCACCGCACAUGCAGCACUCGAUGCAGUCUCUAGGAAAACUACCAAAAACUAGACUUUUAUCAUUCUGAACUUAAAUUUUCAUUUUUAUAUCUCUUUCUAGUUUCUCGGUUUGUUUUCCCGAUAAGCAAACAGGGGUAUUGAAAUUUAAAUAGGAAAAGUAUACAAAGAAACCAUUUACUUUCUAAAAAAAGUUACUGUAAUUCUUGUUUGUCAGAUUUCUAAUCAGGUGGUUUUGUGAGUGUCAUUGAUAAAAGUCAAAAAUUAAAAUAAAAAAAAAUUGAACUUUGUGAUACAUCUGAGGUAUCCAAUUUAAAAUCUAAUGAUAGAGGUCAUUGGGACUUGUACUAAAAGAUGAAUGAUCUGAUAUUAUACAAUCUUAUUUGCUUA